AAAAGGAACUCCCAUUUUCAACUUCCUCAUGUUCAGUGCCUGAGUGAGACUAGCUAACCAAAACCAUAUAUCAACCUUCCCGCUCAGACAUAAUCACAAACACUUCAUCUUCAUCUUCAUCUUCAUCUUCAUCUUCCCCCAAAUCACGAAAUGAAAUACGUUCUGAUCACCGGAGGAGUCGUCAGCGGCCUCGGCAAAGGCGUCACCGCCAGCAGCAUCGGCGUCGUGCUCAAAGCUUGUGGCCUCCGCGUCACUUCCAUCAAAAUCGAUCCGUACUUGAACAUAGACGCAGGGACCAUGUCUCCGUUUGAGCACGGAGAGGUUUUUGUUCUUGAUGAUGGAGGAGAGGUUGAUUUGGAUUUGGGAAAUUAUGAGCGUUUUCUGGAUGUUACUCUCACCAGGGAUAACAACAUCACCACUGGAAAAAUCUACCAGUCUGUUCUUGAGAAGGAGCGUAAAGGGGAUUACCUUGGGAAGACUGUUCAGGUGGUUCCGCACAUCACUGAUGCGAUUAAAGAUCGGAUUGAGUCUGUUGCUGUGAUCCCUGUGGGUGGAAAUGAAGGGCCUGCUGAUGUUUGCGUGAUUGAGCUGGGAGGCACUGUGGGUGAUAUUGAAUCUAUGCCUUUUAUUGAGGCUCUGCGGCAAUUGUCCUUUCAAGUGGGACCUGACAACUUCUGUCUCAUCCAUGUUAGCCUGAUACCAGUGUUGGGUGUAGUGGGAGAGCAAAAAACAAAGCCUACACAACACAGUGUCAGGGAACUGAGAGCAUUGGGCUUGACGCCUCAUCUUUUAGCCAGUCGCUCUGCUGAGCCUCUACUCCAAAGUACCAAGGAAAAACUGUCACAGUUUUGCCAUGUUCCAGUUGAUAAUAUUCUGAAUAUCCAUGAUGUACCAAACAUUUGGCACAUUCCCCUUUUACUUAGAAACCAAAAUGCUCACCAUUCAAUUCUACAGCAGCUUAACUUACUCAACCACGCCACACCUCCUGAUUUACAACAAUGGACAGAGAUGGCGGAGUCCUAUGAUAAUCUUACUGUAUCUGUGAGGAUUGCAAUGGUGGGAAAAUAUGUUGGUCUAACUGAUUCAUAUUUAUCUGUUGUAAAGGCCCUUCUGCAUGCUUGCGUUGCUAGUUCAUUGAAGCCAUCCAUUGACUGGAUUGCUGCUUCUGACCUUGAAGAUGACAGUGCGGAAUCCACACCAGAAGCACAUGCUGCAGCGUGGACGACUCUGAGGAGCGCAGCUUGUGUCUUGGUUCCUGGGGGAUUUGGAGAUCGUGGUGUGAGAGGUAUGAUGCUAGCUGCCAAAUAUGCUAGAGAGAACAAUGUUCCUUACCUAGGGAUUUGCUUGGGCAUGCAAAUUGCUGUAAUUGAGUUUGCUAGAUCAGUUUUGGGGUUGGAAAGAGCAAACAGUGUAGAGUUUGAUGCCCAAACACCAAAUCCUGUUGUGAUUUUCAUGCCAGAGGGUUCACGAACGCAUAUGGGAAGUACCAUGAGGCUUGGAUCUCGAAGAACACUCUUACAGACACCUGAUUGUAUCACUUCCAAGCUGUACGGAAAUUCAGAGUAUGUGGAUGAACGACAUCGACAUAGAUAUGAGGUAAAUCCGGAUGUUAUUGGAACUUUAGAAGAAGGUGGGCUAAAAUUUGUUGGGAAGGAUGAAAGUGGAAAACGAAUGGAGAUUUUAGAGCUUCCAAGUCAUCCAUUCUAUGUAGGUGUGCAAUUCCACCCAGAAUUUAAGUCACGGCCAGGGAGACCAUCUGCUUUGUUUUUAGGUCUCAUAUUGGCAGCAACAGGGAGGUUGGAAGCACAUGUUAGUAGGCAUCAGAAUGGAUGCUGAUAUAAGAUUUGUAACUGUAGGACUCACUUCUACAAUAUUUUUGUAAG